UAACGAAGGAAGGAGAUUUUCUGUUUGUGAUAGGUAGUGGGGCUGUUGUUUUUACCUAAACUUUUCGUAACAAUUUUAUUUGCACAAAAAAUUAUUGAUUUCAACGUUAAUUUACAGAUAAUUCUCCUAGUUAUGGAAGAGGUAAAGAAAAACAUAAAAACAUUUCUUAAAAUACUUGAAAUUGGAAAAAGUGGAUCUGUGAUAUCCUGGGACGAGUCCAAUUUUCAACGUGCACAAAAAUGGGCCCAGUAUUGUGAAGAGGUGUUUAAAAAGUUGAGGAAUAAACCAUCAAUUGCAACAUCCCUGUCAGAUUAUAUCAGCAAAAACCAGAUGUGUACCUUGGGUCAAGUCAGAAAUUCCAUCACUGAUUUUAAUGAUUUACAAAAUUCAAAAGAAAUUCUACACAAUAUCUUACUAUGCAAUCCUCACUUAUCUUCAGAGCAAUUUUCUCAUGUUCUUCAAAUGUAUGAUGUUGAAUUUUCAAAGUUAGAUGACCAAAAGUUGAAGAGAAUUAUUCAAGACACAUAUUUUAUAAGCAAUUCCAGAGGAACAUUUCACACUUUAUCAAGCAUUAAAGACUGUUUAUCUACUAAAAAUAGCACUGCUGAAGAUAUUUGCUCAAAUACUUGUGCCAAAUUGCUGUGUCAGAAGCUUGGAGAUACCUUAGGCAGAAAGAGAGAAAGCGAAUACGACUACGAUUCAGGGAAAGAGCUGCUCUCAGUAGUUGCUUUCAAUGAGAAAGGCAUGGAAAUUAUUGUCAGAUUAUUAAUUCAUUUGCUGGAAGGAACUCUUCCUCCCGAUGAUACAAAAUCAAACGUGGAAUAUACGAAAGAUUGCAUAUGCCAGUGGAUUUUUGACAAUUGUAAAGAAAAGAAUGAUAACUAUGAAAAAAUUUGGCAAUGCCCGCGAACGUUACUUUUUCAACUAUCUACAUUAGAUUUGACGUUUUGUCAACGCUACUUAGAUUUUUUGCAUUUCUGUGGAGAUGUUUUGCUUGGAAUCAAUAGCUUCGGGAACGCAAUCGCAAUGAAGGACUGUAUGAGUUAUAAAGAUAGUUACCAAUCGAUUGUUGAGCAAAUUCAGUCGCUGCUACAAGGAUCCAAAGACACAGCAAAAUUAUGUAAAGAGCAAAUGGAACUUUGGUUUUCAAGUACUUCACUGUCAGAACACUCAAAAGAAUCGCAACAUAGCAAAGAACUUCGAUCAAACUUUUGGAGUAACAUUUAUAGCCAAACUUUCCUAUCAUUUGAACGAACAGCCAAACCUUCCUAUCAUAUGAAGUGACACACUACAAAAUGAGACUAACACCGUGUGUUGGAAUUUUCAUUUUCUUCUUCACUAAGGAUGACUAUAAAUACUGGUGAAACUUAUCAUAUAAUAAAUAACUACAAAAUACUAAAAUUGCUCUCAGUAUAUGUUGCGAAGACAUUUCUAAAAUUGUAGCAUUACGUAUUUCAUUUUAUAUUUUGUGCUGGAGUCGAAUAGCAAAACUUCUUUUCA